CAUCCCUUUGGGAAGAGUAUAGGGGAGCUCAGGGGGGUAAAGGAGAUGUUCGGAAGGGAGACAGCUGAUAGACAGGUCUUUAGCCCCGGAGCAGAAGCAGCCGAGGAUACUGAUUUGGGGUUUUCGGUGUAUAUGGCACCUGGUCUGGUGACCAGGCUGCAAGAAUAGCAGGGUAGCGGUAGGGGAGGAGAAAACUAGACCACCUUCAUCGCUUCUGCCCUCACUGCCGUUCUCGCUCUCUCUUCCUCUUCCUCCACUCCUCUCUUCCUAAACUCAGGGACAGGGGCUUGGGACUUGGGCAGUCCAAGUAGGAGCCCCAUUGGGAGUCGUAUGUUGCUCCCAGUUGCUUGUUAUGUUCUCAGACUGGGGUGUUUACUACCCAGGGCACCUCCUACCCAGAUUGCCGCGUUGCUACUUUCCUAACUUUAAGUUUGUUUUCCACUUUAUAGAGGGUGUUUCAGUGUCUCCGAAGGUUGUGUCAUAGUAAGUGUAGGUUUGUGGGGUGUGUGUGUGUGUUUGUGUGUGUGUGUGUGUGUGUGUGUGUGUGUGCGCAGAGUUUUCUGGGCAAGCUCACUUGAUUCCUAUGUUUUGAAAACUUCGUAGUAGUGUAAGUAGUUCUCCUAAAGAGAUUGGUCUUUACAGGCGUUCUAAGCACAGAAAAUAAUACUACACUGAAGUUUGUUUUUGUUAAAUGCGUGUCUUAUCCACUCAUUUUUGGAGUUGUUAAAAGGACGGUUGCAGCUCCGCUCUGCUAUAUGAAAUAUGGGAGACGACAGACCGUUUGUGUGCAAUGCCCCGGGCUGUGGACAGAGAUUUACAAACGAGGACCACCUGGCAGUUCAUAAACACAAGCAUGAGAUGACAUUGAAAUUUGGCCCAGCCCGAACUGACUCAGUCAUCAUUGCAGAUCAAACUCCUACUCCGACUAGAUUCCUGAAGAAUUGUGAGGAGGUGGGGCUCUUCAAUGAAUUAGCUAGCUCCUUUGAACAUGAAUUCAAGAAAGCUGCAGAUGAGGAGGAAAAAAAGGCUGCUGCUGGGCCCCUUGACAUGUCUUUGCCUUCCACACCAGACAUCAAAAUCAAAGAAGAAGAGCCAGUGGAGGUAGACUCAUCCCCACCUGAUAGCCCUGCCUCUAGUCCCUGCUCCCCGCCACUCAAGGAAAAGGAGAUGACCCCAAAGCCUGUCGUGAUCUCUACCCCCACACCUACCAUAGUGCGCCCUGGCUCCCUGCCUCUCCACUUGGGCUAUGACCCACUUCACCCAACCCUUCCGUCCCCAACUUCCGUCAUCACACAGGCUCCACCAUCUAACAGGCAACUGGGGUCUCCCACUGGCUCCCUCCCUCUCGUCAUGCAUCUUGCUAAUGGACAGACCAUGCCUGUGCUGCCAGGGCCUCCAGUACAGAUGCCUUCUGUUAUAUCGCUGGCCAGACCUGUGUCUAUGGUGCCCAACAUUCCUGGUAUCCCUGGCCCACCAGUUAACAGCAGUGGUUCCAUUUCUCCCUCUGGCCACCCUAUGCCAUCAGAAGCCAAGAUGAGACUAAAAGCCACCCUAACCCACCAGGUAUCUUCAAUCAAUGGUGGAUGUGGAAUGGUGGUAGGUACCGCCAGCACCAUGGUGACGGCCCGUCCUGAGCAGAGCCAGAUCCUCAUCCAGCACCCUGAUGCCCCAUCCCCUGCCCAGCCACAGGUCUCACCAGCCCAGCCCACUCCUAGCACUGGAGGGAGAAGGCGACGCACAGUGGAUGAAGAUCCUGAUGAACGGCGGCAGCGUUUUCUGGAGCGUAACCGGGCUGCAGCCUCCCGCUGCCGUCAAAAGCGGAAGCUCUGGGUGUCCUCCCUAGAGAAGAAGGCAGAGGAACUCACUUCUCAGAACAUUCAGCUGAGUAACGAAGUCACGUUGCUACGCAAUGAGGUGGCUCAGUUGAAACAGCUACUGUUAGCUCAUAAAGACUGCCCAGUUACUGCACUACAGAAAAAGACCCAAGGCUAUUUAGAAAGCCCCAAGGAAAGCUCAGAGCCGACGGGUUCUCCAGCCCCUGUGAUUCAGCACAGCUCAGCAACAGCCCCUAGCAAUGGCCUCAGUGUUCGCUCUGCAGCUGAAGCUGUGGCCACCUCGGUCCUCACUCAGAUGGCCAGCCAAAGGACAGAACUGAGCAUGCCGAUACAGUCGCAUGUGAUCAUGACCCCACAGUCCCAGUCUGCGGGCAGAUGAUGCCUCCCCUGGUGGAAAGGUCCCCAGCCAGAGCUCGCCCGCCCGAGAGCCAAGAAAGACGCCAUCUUAUCGCCUCCCAUCUGCCUUGGACAUGGCAAUAUGGGGGGGAAAUUGUGUGUUGUGAGGAAUGGACAGAUGUGAGGCUUUUCAGCCACAUGGUCAAGUACAUUGACACCCGUACUAAGAGCCUCCCAGCCCCAGAGCCACAUAGAUCAUCCCCUAAAGGGGGCAGUUUCUGAUGUACCCACAGCCAAAGGCCUUUCCAGAUGGUCCGAACAAUCACCCCUGCCCAUGCAUGUGUACCUGUCUCUUUGAACACUAACCCUUGCACUUCUAGGUUUCGGGUUUCUCAGUUCCCUGUCUUCCCGCUAAGCUGUGGCUGUUACCUUCCUGUUCCUUAGCAGCACGCCACUGCCUGCUAGGUAAAGGGAGGCCAGUGUUGAUGGCAGGUCAUCCACUUGCCUGCCCCAGCCACCUAAGGGGCUUAGGGCUUUGUCUCCCAUUAGCUGCUUAUUUUAUCCCUUUACCCCCUUCCUGAAGUCUAGUUCAAACAUUCACCUAUGAUGAAUGUAAAGUUACCUUUGUUGGAUGAAUUAGCAGUAUUUUCCAGCUCUUCCGUAAACUUUAGUCCUUCUCCCUAGCUGCCACCAAAAACAAAAACAAAAAAAUAAUAACAAAAAACAGAAAGAAAGAAGCAAAACCCCAAGAAUUCUGGUCCUUUUUCAGCAAUUUCCAGAGCUUUGGGUACUUCACUUUGUGUCUUGAGUUUUCUCAGUCUACUGGUGGGGCCUUUUCCACCUGCCACUGAGCCUUGGCGAGAUCCAUCUUGUGGCCUUACUAGCUGCUCGUGAUGCGAAGGGAAAGCGCCCAGGUGUGGCUGGCGGGUCCCCCGCCGCCCCAGCCCUCCUCCCGCAGGGUCAGUAGGGCAGGCAGGACCAGUAGAGUCUGAAGCUCUUUCUGUCAGGUUACUGGAUUGAUUCUUUAUGUCUUACAGGAGUUUAUUGGCCAAAGCAUACAUACACCUUGUGGUAAUCUGUCUGCUUCUGUCGCUCCCUCUUUGUUCCCCUGUCAGAGUCGCGGGGGUCACCGUCUCUGUCUCUCUUCAGGUGUAGCCCUCCAGAGCUGCUGUGUGCGGCAUUCUUGCACUCCCUUGCCCUUCGCCCAUCUCCCAGACUCACAUAGCUGUCUUCCCCUCUGGGCUAGGGUCUUUGGUUCACAAGUGUCCCUGUCCCCAGACCUCCUUCCUCUCGUUCACCAGGCUUCUAGGCUGGCUGCUGGGCGCUCUGCCCCCUGCCCCCAGGUGCCAUGUGUCCCCAGAGUGCCAGCCCUAGGACUCAGAGGCAUCAGAGCCAGGGGUCCCGAGUUGGUUUGCUUGAGGAUGAGGUCGGAUGGGAAGAGGCAAGAGAGAGGAGGUGCAGUACCGAUCUCAGAAGAGCCCUGCUUGGUGAAGGUCUGGCCUGCCUGGGAAAUUGGGGACUGCUGCCCUCAGCCAUUCUUACUUUGAGGAGUUAGGUUACAGGGGGAGGAAGUCAUCCCUCUUGUCCCUCUUUCUCCCCCAUUAAGACUUCUUACCUUCCUUUGGCUCUGAACUACGCAGUUUCUCCCAGGGCCGUGGGAAGCCGUCCAAAGCCAGAGGCCUGUGGAUAGGUAGGUCAGCUUUAAUAGCCUGUCAGUGUGACUCCCUUGCAGUUGUCCCCGAGCCACCUUCUGCCAUCUGCCCGGGCCAGGCAUGUCCUCUCCCUCUCUCCUACGUCCAUCUCAAACUCACACACAGGAUAACUGCCAGCUUCCUUUCUUAGCUUGUCUUCCAAAAUUGGCUGUCCUGGGGGAAUGAGGAGGUGUGCUAAGCUCCAGGAGCCCCAUCUUCUCAGAGUGGAUGCGCCGGUGAGCCGGUCAGAGGACACGUUCUAUUGCGUUUGUUUUCCCACUUCCCGUCCUGCUUCUCCGUGCCCGUGCUGAACAAGACGCACCUGGUGACGGGAGAGGAGAGAAAACAUGGUUCUCUCAUCCUCUACCACCCGGGACCCAACAGCAACAGCCCCUGAGGUGACUCAGUCUAGCAAAUGGCACGGCAGAUGGUCAGGAUGCCAGUUCCCACCUCCAGGGACUCCGUUUGCCUUUAACAGCGCCCAGCCGUAACUCGUACUCAGGACUUUUCCUUUGGAAGGCGGCGCCCUGGGACUCUCUUCUGCUUUAGUUGUGUUUCAUUUUUUAUCUUCUUGAUUUCCCACCAGCAGCCUUGCCCUAAAGCUUGACUGAGUUUAUGGCUCCCAAGGAGCCUUCGUGAGACCCUUGACUAUUUUUCUUCCCCCCGUAGUCAGGUGUUUUUCAAGUUAGGAACCCAUCUGUCACUGCACACACGCCCUGCCUCUCUGCGGGGCCCCGGAGGAGGUGAGCCCCACCUAUCUGUCCCUGUGUACGGUGGCUAACCUAGUUAGAGGUUCCCGUUUAGUUUCUUAGUCCCCAUGUCUCAUUCUCUUGAGUCCCUAUUCUGUUUUCAUCAGGAAGUUCUCACUGGGGCUCUCAGUGGGGGGUGUUCCCAGAACCUAACACAGCAGUAGGAGGGGGCGGGACAGCACCUCCAGAGAGCUCUUUAGGUGGUUGCGCGCCGCACUGAGAAGGCACAGCAGUUGCGUGUCCUGCGAGUUGGGGGACGUCUUACCUUGCUACUGCUGCUGGCCCUGGGGCCACUCUCCCCUGCCCUUUGCUUCCAGGCUCAUGGGGACCAGAACCAAACAUCGAGGGCGCGUCACCUAGCCCUUCUUAAUGGCACUGCUCCUCCUAGGGGCCUAAGGGAAGAUUCUGAGAGGAGCUGGGAGUAUGGAAGCCUUGGGACUCUGCUGCGGGAACGCAAGACGCAGGCCUCCCACCUCGCUCCAGAAACCCAGCUGGGACGUAACCAAGGCCCUGACAAAGGCACCGGGCCGGGUCUUCGGCCCUGCAGGCUUCCUUCCUUGGAAAGAAAGCUCGCUCGGAGUUGGAAAGUCUGAGGACGCUUCCCUCGCUGCUAGAGAAAACUAGAAGUAGGCCCUCCUUGCUCACCCUUCCCCUGCUGGCUGGACACCCCAAAUCUGGCUUCCCUCAGCCUCCGCUCCGGUCCUUGGCCCUUGGCCCUUGGCCCUAAGCAGUAGACCAUACACGCUCGGCAGUGGUGACAAGGAGAUGGCCUAACUGAAGCCCAUGCCCCGGCCGCCUUCCCUGGGCCCGUCCUGUUGUUCUUGGCGCCUGUCCUGAUUCACUGCCCUCCAGCACCACCCAUCUGGUCGACAGGGUCCUUAGCCAUAACCAUGCCCCGUCUACACCAAGCCGACGCCAAAAUAGUCCUCCUCCCCUGCUCCACACUGAGAGGCUCCUUUAAAGGUGCUAGCCCUGAGACAGCCUUUCCCCCAGAAGCGCCCUCUUUCUUUCGUGACUUCCUUCCCAUCCCCAAAUCAUUAUUUUUCAUUAAUAUUGUACAUUGUAUACACAGGAAGGAAAUGUAUCCUUUUUUUUUCUUUAAUUUCAUAACCAGUCCGUUUAGAAGCCAGUCCUCCUAGUUAUAUCACAUAUGCCUUUGUUGAUAUGCUCUUUCUGCUUUCUUUAGACUUUUGUUUGACAGGGGCGGAGGGAGGAACAGGACAGGUGAGGGUCCUAAGGCAGAUUAGAGGAUCCUCAUCCUACUUCAGCCUCUCACAACCCUAAUCAUCCCCCUCCUAGUGUACAACUGAUAUUCCUCUGUUUGUGUUUGCACACACGCAUGUACACACAGACAGAAGUCCCCCCGAGCCACCCACCCACCCCAGAGUGGUGACCCAGCAGGAAUGGGCAUAGGCUGCUGGCCACCAUUCCCAGCCUCUGUUACCGGUUCAUUCGUCUCUCUUUGGGGUAAAGUGCUACCCCAGAUUGAGAACAGGCUGGGGAGAGUAGGGCAGGGAAGGGCAGCUACGUCUCUUGUAGAUGCAGGUUUGUGUUGUGGCUGCUGGGGUUCAUUUUCUUCUUGUAACGGGGCGGGGGGCCGGUAGCCCAGAGCUGCUCGCCAGCCGCAGCUACCGGUGGGUGACGUUCUCACCGUAAGGAAUGGCUGUGAGCACUGGUUCCGCUGACUUUCCCUCAGGGUGGUGGGCCUCAGGAUGUGGUCCAGGACCAGCAGCACAGCAGCACCAGCAUCUGGGAGCUUCUUACAAAUGCACACAUUCGGGUCCCAGCACAGACCUGUUGAAUCGGAAACUCGGGCUGGGCUCUAACAAGCACCCCGCGGGAUCCUAAGGCACAUUCGCGCGUGGGGCCCUCGCCGCGGCCAUAGGGGCAAGCCGGGACAUCCUUGCUGGCGUCGGGGUAUUUCAGUACCAGCCUCUGCCUUAGCGCGAACACAUCGUUCCCUUUCCCCCGGUCCCUCCCUCCACCCCUAUUAGAACAACAACCGCGUCAUUCAUCUCAGAAUCUGUUUGUCUUCCUUCUACUUCUUCCUGAAACCUGUUCUGCCUUGGUCUGGACGGGAAUUGUCCCCUGUCCCCUUGCAGACGGGUCACUCCACACUCUGUUGCAGGAAGGACUGGCUGGAGCCCCUGCUGUCCCGUGCGUGCACCCCCCCCCCGCACCCCCUCUCCAGCAGGGAGAUGAGCCUCCAGCCCCAACAGCGGAGGCUGUCGCCUCCGGACAUAGUAUGUGUUGGAAGCAAGCAGCGCGCACCUCUGCUUCGCUCUCUUCAUCUGUGUAUCCUGGACAGGUAGCGACACGUCUCCGUCGCACAGGAGCCCGGCUCUGGGCCCGGUCCCCGUGCGGGAGGCUGUGGAGCUACAGGCUGUUUUGCUCCGAGAGCGUCUCGUCCCUUUCCUUGCACGAUCCCUGAGAGCAGGCUCUCACGGUCCUCCCCUCGACGCUCCGGCUCCCCUCCCCUUAACCCCCUUACCCCCCGCAGUCCCCCCCCCCCAGCCAGGCCUUCUCCCGCUCCCCCCGCCCUGACAUAUAUUGUGCCUUAUUUAUGCUGCAAAUAUAACAUUAAACUAUCAGGAGAACCAC